UCUCAGCAGCCUUCCCAGCAGCCUCUGGUCUGUGGCCACCUGAUCAUACUCAACAGUGUUUGUCAGAGUCAUUUGGCUUCUGACUGGGAGAGUGGUCCAGACCAACUGCAGGAGGCCCCAGGAUGCUGUUUCUGAGGUGCCACAGCGGACGCCUCUCUGCCUGGGCACUGUCCUCCGUGAGUAGCUCCAGGAGCCGGCUGGCCACUCACUUGGGUGCUACAUGGACUCAGGCCACAGCCUGCCAUCUCCCGAGGAGGACCAAUCCACCAUGCCUGAAGUCAAAGACCUUUCAGAAGCUUUGCCAGAGAUGUCGAUGGAUCCCAUCACAGGAGUGGGGGUGGUGGCUUCUCGGAACCGAGCCCCAACAGGCUAUGAUGUAGUCGCACAGACAGCAGAUGGUGUGGAUGCUGACCUCUGGAAAGACGGCUUAUUUAAAUCCAAGGUUACCAGAUACCUGUGUUUCACAAGAUCAUUUUCCAAAGAAAAUAGUCAUUUAGGGAACGUGUUAGUGGAUAUGAAGCUCAUUGACAUCAAGGACACUCUGCCCGUAGGCUUCAUCCCAAUUCAGGAGACGAUGGACACACAGGAAUUGGCUUUUAGAAAAAAGAGGCUGUGCAUUAAAUUUAUCCCACGGGAUUCAACUGAAGCCGCUAUCUGUGACAUUCGGAUCAUGGGCCGGACCAAGCAGGCCCCUCCUCAGUACACAUUUAUCGGGGAACUGAACAGCAUGGGGAUCUGGUACCGAAUGGGCAAAGUACCGAGGAAUCAUGACUCAUCUCAACCCACAACGCCUUCCCAGUCAUCAGCUGCUUCCACCCCGGCCCCCAACCUCCCCAGGCACAUCUCACUAACGCUCCCUGCUACCUUCCGAGGCAGGAACAGCACUCGGGCUGACUAUGAGUACCAGCACUCCAAUCUGUAUGCCAUAUCAGCAAUGGACGGUGUGCCUUUCAUGAUCUCAGAGAAGUUUUCCUGCGUUCCAGAAAGUAUGCAGCCCUUUGAUCUCUUGGGAAUUACCAUCAAAUCUCUGGCAGAAAUUGAAAAGGAGUAUGAAUACAGCUUCCGCACGGAGCAGAGCGCGGCCGCCCGGCUCCCGCCCAGCCCCACCCGGUGUCAACAGAUCCCCCAGUCCUGAGGGGCCGGCCACCACCCUGUCCCUAUGGGGAGAAGACGCAGCUGCCCAGACUACUGAGCGCCCCUCCCUCGCCCAGGCCUUCCUGCCUACCCUUCCCUACCGGCCCACCGUGGGGCUCAUCCAGGAGACUCUGGGCAGCUGGGCUCUGACCUCCUUGGCCCGCGGCUUGCCUGACGGGACACCCCCGCCUCCCUGGGGACACUGUUCAUAAUUGCCACUAAUCUGUGUUUGCUGUAGUGACCAACGGCUCUUAACGUGUCUGUGUGACGACCGGCCCUCCUACAAAUGACCCUACCCACCCCGGGAGUCACCCCGAGGGCCCCGCACGCGUGCUGGAGCUGCCCAGUGACGCCGCCGGCUCCCUUUCCUCCUGACUUGCCUGCCACAGCUAUCCGUAUCCUUCUGGAAGGCCCAAUGUGGGUGGUAACUGUGCACAACCCCCUAGGCCUCCCCGAGGGUCCCAGACUCGGGGCUGCCGUGGAACAAGUCCCUCACGCCAGCGGCAGCGCCCUGAGCAUCUCACGGCGACGCGGACACGGGAGGAAGAAGCCUGUGGUCCCCGAGUGACCCCGAGCCCGGGUUCCUGCCCACUGGCAGCCACACCUCAGACUCCACCCCCAAGUCACACACUGGACACACCAAGUUCGGGGAGAGGAUGCCCGGUGGCCCACACAGAUGACUUGCCUUCAGGGUGAGAAGGCGGAGGGACCUGGUGCUUGCUCGAAGGGCAGUCGCUGCCCAGGACACUGUGCUCCCCCGCCACCCCCCCCAUUCCUCCCAAAGGGCUCAUCUCUGCAACGCCCAUGUGCCAACUGCCACGCCAGCUGCCUCGGCCCCAUGCCCUGCCCCAGGGACAGGCCCACCACAAGUGAGGAGACCCUCUGCCAGUGGCCUGCCCCAGAGGCACACGGGGACACUGUCAGCCUGGUCCUCAGAGCCAGGCGGCAUCACGACGCACUCCGCAAACAGCAGCGUUUGUUUUAGAAAGUCCGUCUGAGCCAGGCCACCGAGCUGGGACCAGUGUAGACACGUCUACCACAACUGGCCAGCAGACUCGCAGGCUCUUCUCACCACGCCGGCCGCCGAGCUCAGCUCCACCUGUGUUUGCCGUGAGAACAGGGCCGUCCCCGUCCCUGGGGGCUCAGACCCUCCCCCCGGUGGCCUGGUCUAGCUCUCAGGAUUUGUCCUGAAUCAAUUCCACAGAAUGUUGGUAUCUCCCCUCUGGGGGUGGGGGGGGUCCCUGAUGGCUGGAGCUUUGGACGUGAGGCUUGCCAUGUGUCUGGAGGCUGGGGAGGGGGCAUGGAGAAUGGGGAGGGUCCCCCAACACGAAGAGAGCACGGGAGAGCCACGGCCAGGGACGGAGCCUGCCUCCCCAGGGCGCCUGGGACGUCUCAGAACGGGCCAACACCGUGAGGAGGGUGGCCGCCGGCUAAGCAGUGGGGCAGGCCAAAAUACCUCAUGUACCUUCAUCAGGGCCGCCACCUCGAGCAGCUCCACGCGCCCCCGGGUCGCCCAUUGAUUUUCAUCCAAAACCUCCUGAUCUCUGUGCAUUAGAGAAGUGCUCGCCUCUGCCUGCCUCUGCCCGGACCUGAGGAUGUCCCCGGUGAGGCCGGCCUUCCUGGGCCCCCACAGCAGAGUGGGUGGAACCCCCAGGGGCCACGGGCUGGAGCCAGCAGUCCGUCUGACGGCCUUCUGGGACUGGUGCUUAACCAGGAGAGGACAGAGCUGUUGAACUGGUCUCAGAUGCACCCACCGAGAUAAGCCGGUCGUGUUUCUGGGGAGCUGGAAGCCCGUGUCUACUGCUGCGUUUUGGGCGGCUCGUCCAAAACCAAGUGACCCAUGUGACCCGAAGCCCAACAGAGAGGGGCGACUCCCAUUACUCCUCUUCCCUUGGUUCGUGCACUUUGCUCAUGGCCUAAUUGUGAGGUUGUCAUCCGACAGGUAGCACCUGGCGGCCCCUGUCCCUUACCUGACAAGCAGGCAUUUUAGCGGAGAGUUCCAGAGACAAGCAUGUGGAAGCUGGAGUCCAGGUGCAUGAGGGCAGAGCCGGGCUGGGGGGGGGG